CAGGGUGGGCGAAGGACGCCAUGACAGUCGUAUUUUCUGUUAACUGCGAGCACGUAAGCUCUUGCUCGCAUUUCUGUGAAAUUCUUGUACAACUUGGUAUUUAUUUAGAUAAAAAUUGGCAAUUCCGUUUUAUGAAUUUGCCAAACUUUCCUUCGAGUAUAUUUUGAUGGCGGAAGGCAAGAGAGCGUGGCCAUUAUCAACGAUUUGCUUGUGGGUACCCAUGGCGAGGUGAGACGUCGAGAGGUGGCGAAAGGCGUCCCCCCUUGCGUCGGGACGCGCAUCUCCCUCUGUACGAGACGACUUAGGGCCGACGAAGUGAGAUGCCAGAACCGCCAACGGCACUAUACACCAUGUGAGUCCAUCCUGCGAGUUCUGUCGAUUAUCGUUUUGGCCCUCUCGGAACAUUUUUCAUAAAUCCUCCUGCCUCGAAUCCUGAGAAACCUCCAUCUUGUAAGCCCCUUGUCCUCGUUCAACGAGUCACGAUAAUUGACGCGUCAUAUGUCUGAGACACCAGAAGAUGGUGCCCGUGAACCCUCUUUUAAGUACGAGGGGAUCUGCGGCGAAUCCUGGCAAAUAUGGAAAUACAGCUACGUACUUAUUAGAGCCGCUGGAUGAGAAAUAAAAUAUAUUACGAACAUUUAGUUAAUAUCCAAUGAACAAAGAUGAACAGUGACCAACAUGCAUUGCCAGCGACUACGCAGGCACAACAAGAGGAUGUAAACGCGGGUCAAAGUGGUCGUCCUUCAUACCCAGGUGGUUUGACUACAGCAACCAGUCUUGGCAAUGUAGGCAGUACCCCGCAUUCAUCCGCGGACCUGCGUGUAGGUACAGCUGUAGCGUUAGCCUCCUCGGUAGCUAAAUAUUGGGUCCUCACGAAUCUAUUUCCUGGACCGCUACCUCAGGUCUCAGUCUAUCAUCAUUCCCAUCACAACUCCUCGCAUAGGAGUAGUGGGGGUGGAGAGGCAUCUUCCAAAGAACCAGCCUCCUUGUUGAAUCAAGAAAUGGCGUUGACUUCUAGCUCUCAUCAUCAGUCAACACCUACGCAUCAUCAACAUCAACCUUCAGUUAGCAGUAGCAACCAUCAUAGUUCUUUACAACCAAACCCACAGAUACCAGUUUCUCUGCCAGGCCUUAAUUUAGAUGGAGCACACAUACCUGCCAGUGUCAGUCAUCUACAAGCAGCACAUGCACAAAUGCAACAACAAAUGCAAGCAGCACAACAGCAACAACAACAGCUGCAUCAGCAGCAACAGCAGCAACCACAACAGCAACAACAAUCUCAUCAUCAAAUACAAAAUCAUCAAAAUGCUCAGAAUAGUGGACCAACUGCGCAUAAUCAAAACGCACAGAGAGAUGACAACAAAGUAAAAGAUGAAGGUGGAAGUUGCACAACUGAACGUUGCAGUGAUAAUCAGGUUCACUGUCAAGUUCAAUGUGAUCUUCAGUUACAAACAUCCCAAGACUUGCAACAAAGCCUUAUGCAACAACAACAACAACAACAGCAACAACAACAACAAAUUGGUGUAAACAUAAGUGGGAAUUCCUCAACAGAAGGGGGAGGUCAAAAUAAUACAGAAAAAUCCGAAAAGGAGAAAGAGCUACGUCAACUAAAUAUGACACAAUUUCAAGUACCAGAUUUAAAACCAGGAGGUCACAUGAUGGAUGUACGAACAGCUGAUGGUUCAGUUGUGAAAAUCAGUGCUGGAAAUGAACAAGAUUUGGCAAAAACUCUUGGUGUUGAAAUGGUCCAAAAUAUGUACAAGGUUAAUGUCGAAGACAUUAAUCAACUUUUAGCAUAUCAUGAAGUGUUUGGGAAGUUACAAAGCGAAAUAGCAGCAGGUACUACCUUGGUUGGAAGCACAGUUCCUACGCAAACAGUUACCACUAUACAAAAUGGGACACCAAUUGUGCAACAAGUUCAGUUAAAUAAGUUUGAUAUUAAAUCAAGCGAUGGGGAAGCUACACCAGGGCCAAGUGCGUCACCAGUGUCAGUUGGAAGCCAUGCCUGUGAAAUAUGUGGAAAGAUUUUUCAGUUUCGUUAUCAACUUAUCGUACAUCGUAGAUAUCAUAUAGAAAGAAAACCUUUUACUUGUCAGGUGUGUGGCAAGGCUUUUCUAAAUGCAAAUGAUUUGACACGUCAUGGAAAAUGUCAUUUAGGAGGAUCUAUGUUCACUUGUACAGUGUGCUUUCACGUGUUUGCGAAUGCACCGUCACUAGAACGUCAUAUGAAGCGUCAUGCUACUGAUAAGCCAUAUAAUUGUACUGUAUGUGGAAAAAGCUUUGCGAGAAAAGAACAUUUGGAUAAUCAUACUCGUUGUCAUACUGGAGAAACACCUUACAGGUGUCAGUACUGUUCAAAGACAUUUACUAGAAAAGAACAUAUGGUUAACCAUGUUCGCAAACAUACGGGUGAAACACCUCAUCGAUGUGAUAUUUGUAAAAAGAGUUUUACCCGGAAAGAACACUUUAUGAACCAUGUGAUGUGGCACACAGGAGAAACUCCACAUCAUUGUCAAGCCUGUGGUAAAAAAUAUACAAGGAAAGAACAUCUUGCAAAUCAUAUGCGCUCACAUACCAACGACACACCAUUUCGUUGUGAAAUAUGUGGUAAGUCAUUUACAAGGAAGGAGCAUUUUACGAACCACAUAAUGUGGCACACGGGUGAAACGCCACAUCGUUGUGAUUUCUGCUCGAAGACAUUUACUCGAAAGGAACACCUUUUGAACCACGUUCGGCAGCAUACGGGUGAAUCACCUCAUCGAUGUGGCUUCUGUUCCAAAUCAUUCACCAGAAAAGAACACCUGGUUAAUCACAUUCGACAACAUACAGGAGAGACACCGUUUCGCUGUCAGUACUGUCCAAAAGCAUUUACACGGAAAGAUCAUCUGGUAAAUCAUGUCAGACAACACACGGGUGAGUCGCCGCACAAGUGCCAGUAUUGCACCAAAUCUUUCACGAGGAAGGAACAUUUGACAAAUCACGUGCGUCAACACACAGGCGAAUCGCCACAUAGAUGCCACUUCUGCUCCAAGUCAUUUACUCGUAAGGAGCAUUUAACGAAUCAUGUACGAAUUCACACUGGUGAAUCACCGCACAGAUGCGAAUUCUGUCAGAGAACAUUCACCAGAAAGGAACAUCUAAAUAAUCAUCUCCGACAACAUACUGGAGAUUCGUCACAUUGUUGUAACGUCUGUUCAAAACCGUUCACAAGAAAGGAACAUUUAGUAAAUCAUAUGAGAUGUCAUACCGGUGAACGUCCGUUUGUAUGCACAGAAUGUGGUAAAAGUUUUCCAUUGAAGGGUAACCUACUUUUCCACAUGCGUUCGCACAAUAAAGGAAGCAAUGCGGAAAGACCAUUCCGUUGUGACCUGUGUCCAAAAGAUUUUAUGUGUAAAGGGCACUUAGUAUCUCACAGACGUUCACAUUCGGACGAACGACCGCAUAGCUGUCCAGACUGUGGUAAAACGUUUGUCGAGAAAGGUAACAUGUUGAGACAUUUGAGAAAGCACGCAGCAGAAGGACCGCCAACUCAAGUGAGCACUCCAUCAGCCAUUCCUCAAUCUGGUGUUCUACCAAUACCAGCGGCAGCUGUUUUAGUCGGACAUCCACUGGCGCCGCCAGCGCCACCAGUAGUGCCACAACAUACUGUUGUUGUGCCUACACCUCCUGGUGUGUUAACUUCCUAUUAAACCAAAUGAUGAAAAAGUAUGAAAGCAUUUGAUUUAAAAGAAGGGUGUAUACAUAAUGAAUGUUUGUGUUAACUCAUGAAAGUGCGCUAUUAAGUUUUACAAAAACUUAGAAUGUAAUUUUGGUAAGCAACAUUGGGUUGACCGGUGUUGUUACGUAUUAUUAUGGAUAUUAUUUUUUAAGUUGUCUUAACUGCAGCGUACCACGUACUCUUACUUCAAAUGUUCACCACUAAGUUUGUCUGCAGCUACGUACAAAGAAAUAUAUCAACUUUAAUUUCAAUAAUAACUACUGCGAUAGUAGUAGUACCAAAGUUUAAAUUUCGUUAUAUCCUUCUAUAAAUAGUUGUUUUAAUAAAUUAUUUGUGAAAACUUAUUUUUACAUUCAACUUAUUAUACAGAAAUUAGUAUGCGAGACGUUACAAUUCAAUGAUGAACACAUAAUUUCACCAUUAAUCAAAUUAGGGCACUCCAUGCAAAAUCGGACGUUUCGGAGCUUCAUGUUGGAUUUUGCUCAAAUUUAGAUAUGUUGUAGCUUUCAGUGAUAUAUAAACAUAUCUCGAAGGAUUUUUAAAAAAUAUUCAAAUUGUUGAUUUUACAACUGUUUGAAAUAUAAUAGUACUUGCAUUUUUUCAAUAAAUUAUAGCUAUAAAUUUAACGAACUGAUAGAUAGCGUUUAGGUACUUAAAGUGGAGACAUGGGAGUACCUGAUAAAAAUUAUUUCAGUUAAAAGAGUUUCGUUUACCAGUUAUUUUGCAAUUGUUUUAAACAAGUGCAAUUCUAUAAUAGUAGGAAAAUAUUGAAAAAUCUGGAAAAAAAAGAGAAUAUAGUCCAUUUGUCUCCUUUAACCUCUUAACUUAAAAGCCCGAGAAUACUUGGGCAAAAUACACUUGUUAUAACAUAAUUGUUGAGUUAGGAGGUUAAAGACCAAUUUUCAAACAGACGGAUAUUUUAAAAUAGGCCAUACGAAAAUUAAUUACAGUUAAUGCGGCGUCAGUGCACGUUGGCUCGACUGGCUGAGUCGCGCGGUGCUGGUGUGGGAUUGCUACAAGGUCUAAUAUUGCUAAUAGUUAUUGGAAACUCACUCUUCAUCAAUGAUACUUAUUGUUAUACAGAUUCAAGUUGUCAUUGUUCAAUGGAAACCACGAGAAGGUGGUGAGUAUUCUUCCAUCGGGAGGGGAUGGGAUGUGAUUAGAUUAGAUUAAAAGGUAAUUAUUUGGUUGUAUUGAUGAGCGUCAAAUUAUAUAAAUUAUUGAGUAUAUGGUUACUUAAUUAAUAAUGGUUAUAACUUGAUUUUUGCUAUAUGAAUAAAUUUUAAUAAUGAAUAAACUCAAUAAUUUAUAUAAUUAGACGCUCAUCAAUACAACCAAAUAGCUAUCCCUUAACCUAAUCCUUAACUUGAAUCUGUAUAGCAAUAAGUAUCAUUGACGAAGAGUGAGUUUCCAGUAAUUAUUAGCAAUAUCACACCUUGUAGCAAUCCCAUACUAUUGGAUAACAAUGGCAGGUAUAACCGCUUGGCCGUUACUAGCACUGCGCGACUCGGCCGGUCGAGCCAACGUGCUCUGACGCCGCGUUAACUAUAAUUAAUUUUCGUAUAGCCAAUUUUAGUGUUCGUAUUUUUGAAAAUUGGUCCUUAAAGGGGACAAAUUGGACUAUAAUCCUUUCUUUUUCUUUUUCAGAUUUUUCAAUAUUUUCCUACUAUUAUAGAAUUGCAUUUGUUUAAAACAAUUGCAAAAUAAGUGGUAAAAGAAACUUUUAACUAAAAUAAUUUUUAUUAGGUACUCCCAUGUCUCCACUUUAAGAACUUAAACGCUCAUUUCUAUCAGUUCGUUAAUUUUAUAGCUAUAAUUUAUUAUAGUAAAAAAAGUGUAAAAUCAACAAUUUGAAAAAUUUUUUAAAAUCCUUCGAGAUCCGUUUAUAUAUCACUAAAAGCUACAAUAUAUCUAAAGAGUAUAGCCGGUUAAGGUGGUCAAAAGUGUACUAAAAACAAAUUCGACUUGCGAUGAAUCAUUCGAUAGCUUAUCAAGAAAAAACUGUGUGUGCCAAGUUUCAGCCCUGUAACUCAUUUGGGGAGGGUAGUUACGGGUAAAAAUGUAAUCGCGAAGUUUUCAGCCAAUUUCUCCUAUUUAAUGACAUUCGAAAAUUCUGAAAAGACUCAGAGAUAUUUCUAUUUGCGAGGCACAUAUUACAGAAUUUUUUCAGAUUUUUAGAUUGCCAUAAAAAACCAAAAACGUCAUAAAAAUGCUGAAAAAUGGCGAUUUUGUAUUGAAAUAGAUGCUGUCCUACAUUCAUAUUUUUUUUAUAAGUGUAUAUUAUUGAUACUAUCAUCCUCCAUUUUUUUGAGGUUUUUUGGUAAGGUGUGCCAUAGUUAAAAAAAUUAAAAACCGAUUUUUUCGCUGUUUUUUGCGUGUUAGAGUUACUUAUUCGGCAAAUUUUCGUUUGUUCUUUAUCAAAUACAUGGUAUAUACACUGUACACUAUUUUUACAUGCAGUGAAAUAGAGUAAGAAUUAAAGAAACUAAAUAAACCUAAUUGAUAAAAGUACGUUACGUGCGUUAUAUUUCAAAAGAUUAAAGGUGUUUUCAACAGUGUUGGUGGUUUAGCGGUAAAGCAACCGUUGCAAGCUUUUCUUCGAAGGUUCGAAUCCGGUCAAGCUCAAUUUGUUUUUUUUUGGAAAUACAUUUUGUCAAGCUUCUAACUAUUUUUUCAAGAGAAACAGUAGAAUAGAAAGUACUCCAGAGUGGUAUUUACGUAUAUUACAGAUUAAAAUAUCAAAAAAAUAUUAUUGAAACAUUUGUAAACAAAUAUAUUAACGAUUGUCAUGUAGUUAGAAGCUUGAAAAAAUGUAUUUCCAAAAAAAAAAAUAGAUUGAACCUGAGCCGAAAAAAAGCUUGCAGUGGUUUACUAGUCAAACGCUUUACCGGUGGACCACCGAUGUUGUUGAAAACACCUUUAAUCUUUUGAAAUAUAACGCACGUAACGUACUUUUAUUAAUUAGAUUUAUUUAGUUUCUUUAAUUCCUAUUUUAUUCCACUGCAUGUAAAAACAUUGAACAGUGUAUAUACCAUGUAUUUGAUAAAGAACAAACGAAAAUGUGCCGAAUAAGUAACUCUAACACGCAAAAAACAGCGAAAAAAUCGGUUUUUAAUUUUUUCAACUAUGGCACAACCUUACCAAAAAAUUUCAAAAAAAUUGAGAUGAUAGUAUCAAUAAUAUACACUUAUAAAAAAAAUAUGAAUGUAGGACAGCAUCUUCUUCAAUAGAAAAUCGCAAUUUUUCAGCAUUUUUUUGACGUUUUUAAGUUUUCACAGCUUCAGUUUUCAAUAUAAAAAUCUGAAAGAAUUCUGUAAUAUGUGCCUCACAAAUAGAAAUGUCUCUGAUUUUUUUUCAGAAUUUUCGAAUGUCAUUAGAUAGAGGAAAUUGGUUCCAUUUUUUCGAUUCCAUUUUUACUCGUAACUACCCUCCCAGUUGAGAUACAGGGCCGAAACUUGGCACAGGCUGUUUUUUCUUGAUAAGAUUUAUCGCAAGUCGAAUUUGGUUUUGGUGCACUUUUGACCCCCUAUACUCUUUGAGUAGAAUCCAACAUGGUGCUCCGAUACAUGUCCGAUUUCGCACGGAAUACCUCAAUUAUUAUAACACCCUGAUUACGGCACCAAUAUGGAAUAUUCAUUUUGUAUAUUAUAAUGUAUAUGACUAUUAUAUCAGUUAAUUGCUAAAUUGCAAAAUUGUAAAAUUGAACAUAUAAUAUGUUAUACGUUAAAUAGUUUGGUGAUGAGUGAACAAAUUGUCGCACAGUAUUUGACGUGCAAAGUGUACGUUUCAUUUCGGUUAUCUGUUUCCCUGGAUAUUUUUAUUUAAUCUUUCAACUGUUAUCAAUGCCUAUAGAUAUUUGGUUUCAGUGUCUACCAUCGCUCUUUUAAAUAUUCAACAUUUUUCAUAACAGUUGACCUUAACGGCUAAUAUAAAAACUGAAAAAAUAAUUGAAUACAAUUCCUGAAAUUACAGUAUAUUACUGAAGCUCACUUGUAUUACAGUGGUAUCUAUGUUGCUUUCAAACGAGUAACAGUCGGAGGGUUAAAUUAUACUUUGUACAGUGUGAUUCUCUCGCUACGCAAGACAAAAGCCGUGCCGUACAAUCGAACUCUGCUGUUUUUGCGGGUAAAGAGAUCCAGGGGCCAUAUCGCCGGACCCAAAACUGCUCUGGGUGUGUUUAUGACUGAAACGAAGACAAGAAACGGAACAGGAGGGGUUCCAUUUGUGCGGCACGGCUUUUGUCUUGCGUAGCAAGAGAAUCACCCUGUAUAAUACCGGGCAUUCAUACCCUUCCCUAGGGGAAUCACAUCACAUCCCAUCCCUGGCUUGUGAAUGUAUACUAGAAAAACAUUUUUUUUAAUAUCCAUUUAAUUAUUAUUAUUUUUUUACAAUGUACAUCUGAAACUUAUAAAUAUGAAUUUUAGAAUUUUGAAAGCUGAAUUUUAAAAUCUUAAAAUUUUAAAUAAUAGUUAUAUUAAUUUCUCCCUUUCGGUAUCGUCAUUUUUCCUAGGAAAGCUAUCGAUGUAAAAUAGCAUCUAAACAUAACUAUUCGUAAUGUCUCGUUAAAUUCAAAGUACUUCUUUUAAUCUUACAGUUAAAAUAAAUCCAAUGAAAGCUAUUUUGGUUUUAGAAUAAGCAGAAAGUUUCAAUAUAUCAUUCAUUACAAAGUAAAUGUUUUAAAAGUAAAUAUAUUUUAUUAUUUUCAUGAAAGCACUGUAAAAGCGACUGAGAAAAAUAUUGUAUAUUUAAUAAUUGGUAAUUAGGUAUCUACUUUUAGCCAAUUGCUGCGUAGUUUACUUUAAUAUAAAGAAUUUAUAUUCGAAAAAAACUUUAAAGUGAUUUAUGUUUUACACGAAUUUGUAUGUCGACUAAAGUUUGACAUUAGUUAUUUCGUUUUAGUUAUAAUUGUUGUUUUUCAUUGUAAUUAUAAUUAACAUAGUUGAGUGCAAUAAAUUUGUCAGUUUCAUUUUAGUUUCAUCUACAAUGAACACCACUGGUAUACUGAAUUUUAGACUUACAAUAAAUAAAGAAGAUGGAUGUAAGUCACUGCGGUUAUCAGCAGUUGGAAAAUUCAUUAAAAUUUUGUUUGGUUUUUUAAAUUAAUUUAAUUAAUUAAAUAUUAAUGAUAUAUUUGUGUAUUGUCUAAUUUGAAACAAAAGAAUAUAUAUUAUAAAUAUAACAAUCCUGUAAGGUCAUAUAUUUCGUAUUUACAGUUAAGAUUAAAAUAAAAUAAAAAAUCGUAAGUUUGGUUUUACGAUAAUGUUGCGUUAUGCUAAGUUAUCCAAGCGUAUUUAUUAAAGUACUCAGUAACGAAUCAUACAUUUAAUUUGUAUAAAAAUAGAAAAUUUCGCAUUUUAUCUGUUGUCGCAUUACCAGACUUACUUAUGUAUAAAAAAUAUUAUAUGGUAAUAACAACUAUUGACUAGACAGGAACAGGAUGAAAAGUUUAUUAACGCGUCUGCAUGCGUCAUAUGGAGUUUCAUGUACGAUAGUGUUCGUCACUACGUAGAAGACUAGAUUAAUAUAUUAUAAUAAAUAUUACUACAUAUAUAUAUAUAUAUAUAUAAAUAAAACAUGUUAAGAAUCACGUACUAUUUAUAAAAAAAAAACAAUGAGAAAAGUAAUUAUAAUAAUGGUAUAACUUUCUGAGUGACAUUACAAAUUUAUGUCACGUAUGAAACGGAAAAUUUUCAUUACAUUAAUAAAGAGAGGAGAAGAGACGAAGUCUGUGCAAAGAAUACAUCUAAAGAAGUAAAACAAAUAAUUGUGUAAUAUAUAUAUAUAUUACUCACGCUUAUAUACAUUAUGUAUAUAUACUGUAUACGACAUGAGAAAGCGUAAACCCAUGAUGCCAUACCGAAUAUACUUGGAGCAAGAAUAAUAUUUCCAAUGAUUUAUGUAAAGAAUUUCUCUGCAAUAUGUUCGAGGCAUCAUUUCUUGUAAUUUGCUGAAAAGUCUAACAAGAAAUAAAUAGAAAUAAUGUUUA